GAAUCACUGCAAAAUAAGGUGAAUCAGUGAAUUGAGUGAUCGAUCGGAGAUGAAGCUGCGACACGCGAUGGUGUGCUCUUCGAACCAGAACAGGAGCAUGGAGGCGCACUGGCUGCUCAAGAGAGAGGGCUUCGACGUAGCCUCGUACGGAACUGGGCAGCACGUUAAGCUUCCCGGCCCCUCCCUUAGAGAACCCAACGUCUACGAUUUCGGCACCCCCUACAAGCAAAUGUUCGAAGACCUCCGCCGCAAAGACCCCGAAUUAUAUCGGCGAAAUGGAAUAUUACCAAUGCUCAAGAGGAACUUAUCAGUAAAAACUGCCCCUCAGCGUUGGCAAGAAAAUGCUGCAGAUGGCACAUUUGAUGUCGUACUCACAUUCGAAGAAAAAGUUUUCGAUAUGGUUCUUGAAGAUCUACAUAACCGGAAGCAUGUGCUUUUGAAGCCUGUUUUAGUCAUCAACUUGGAAGUAAAAGAUAAUCACGAGGAGGCAGCAAUUGGUGGCCGGCUUGCGCUACAAUUAUGUCAAGAGAUCGAGGCUGCUGGAAAUUGGGAGGAAUGUGUUGAUGAUCUCAUUAUGAACUUUGAGAGACAAAACCACAGGAAGCUCGUCUACAGCAUCUCAUACUACUGAUCACGUUUUGGCUGAUAGUUACGAGUCAUGAGCAGGGAAGAUUGGCUAGGAACAUAGCAACCAAGUGGAGCUUUAAUAUCUGCUCGAGAUCAAGAUUUCUCACUUGGGUUUAAACCUUCUCUGUUAAAAUUGUACUUCUGCUCGGCUUAUCACAAGCUACCUACUGUAUGUGUACAAAGAUGCUGCUUUUUGUAGGGGCCAGCAACAUUGAAAUGAAACUGAUUGAAAUACUGAUCCAAUUAAAUUUAACUGCA